AUGAGACCAAAAGAAUCAGAUGUAUAUAAAAGAAUUCGUUUAUUGGGAUAAGGAUCAUUUGGAAAGGCUUAUCUUUGUGAAUGUUUAAAAGAUCAUUCAUUGUGUGUGAUUAAACAAAUGGACAUGAGAUACUUAAAUGAUUAAGAGAAAAAAGUAAUUUAUUUAGCUAAAUAAAUCAGGAAACAUACAGAGAAUUCAGAAUAAUGUCUGAAUUGAAGCAUCCAAAUAUAAUUAAUUUUAGAGAGGUUUAUAAGACAGUAAAAGGAAAAUUAUGUAUAGUAAUGGAUUAUGCUGAAGGUAAUCAUAUAUAAAAUAUAAAUUAGGUGGUGAUUUAGCAUAAGUGUUAAAGAAUACAGAUGGAUAUAUAGCAGAGUCUAGGAUUUUGGACUGGUUUACUUAAAUUUGUCUUGCAAUAAAACAUUGUCACGAUCGUAAAAUAAUUCAUCGAGAUAUAAAAACUUAAAAUAUGUUCCUAACAAAAGACAUGAGAAUUCGUUUAGGAGAUUUUGGGAUAGCUAGAUUAUUGAACAAUACGAAGGACAAAGCAAAAACAAUGGUUGGUACUCCUUAUUACUUGGCACCUGAAUUAUUGGAAAAUAAACCAUAUAGUUUUAAAGGUGAUAUAUGGUCUUUAGGAGUUAUACUCUAUGAAGUAAUUCUAACAAUAAUUACAAAUUAGAUGUGUGCUAAGACUCCUCCAUUUACUGCUGAAUCGUUGGCAUAAUUAGCUCUAAAAAUAGUUCGUGGUUAAUUUUAAGCUAUUCCAAAUGUUUAUUCAUCCCAAUUAAGAACGUAAAACUAAUCUUAUAUUUAAACAAAGAUAGCCUUGUGAAUUAGCUUCUAACAGUAAAUCCUGAAAAAAGACCAGCUGUUCAUUAAAUUCUUAAGAUGCCCAUUAUUACAAAUAGGAUUAAGAAUUUCCUAUCAGAGACUAUGAAGAGAAGUGAAUUCGAUCACACUAUAUUGCACAAUUAGUAGAUUCAUCUGUCUGAUACAACUAUUCCUUUGAUUGAUGAUUAAGAUGCAAAAGGUGAUUUAACAGAAUAAACUUCUAAAGAGAAUCAUAUAAAAUAAUUACCUGGAAUAAAGAGUCCUCCUAUAAAUUUAUAGAAAUAAAAAAAAAAUAGUGAUUUAAAGAAAUUACCUGAAAUAAAAUUAUCCAAACCUGAAAGACCUCCGAUAACAAGAUAAUAAACCAGUAGAUAAUAAUUAAAUUAACUUCCAAAUUAAAGAGCAUAACCAUCUACUCCUGAAGUAGGUAUUAUUAAUAAACAUAAAAAUGGUCGUUUUAUUACAAAAGAAAGUCCUGAUUCUUAUUAAGGUUCAGAUUAAGUUAUAGAAGAAGGAACUAAAAAUAGUGAGUAAGAAAGUCCUAAAUUCUUUAAAAAAAAUAUUGAAAUUAAACCUCAUAUAAAAAAUUUAAAAGGUCUAACUAAAUUAGAUUAAAUUUAGAAGAUUAAAUUAGGAUUAAAAUCAGAGGAUGAAUGUAAAAAGCCUAUUUAUCGAGUUCAUGCAUAACCUAAAUUUUUUGAAUUAAAAAAAUAAUAGGAACGUAAAGUUUCUGAAGAAAUUAUUUCUAGUCAUAAAAAAUAAGAAGAACAAUAAUAGAAUCAAUUAGAAAAAAUAUCUGAAACUCCAGAAUAAAAAUUACUUAAUUAAUCAGUUUUUGAUUUUUAAAAUUCUGAAGAAAAUUAAGAUAAUAACAAAAAAUAAAGUAUUCUUACACCUGCUUUUGAAAUUCAGAAAGAAUAAUAAUAAUCUCAAGUACUUGAUAUUAUUUAAAAGAAACCAGUAAAAAUAAAUAAAGAGUCAAUAUCUAAAACUGAUGAAGAGAAAAAUAAGAAAAAAAUAUACAAAAUUAUUUAUAGAGAUCCUUUUUAAAAAAAACCUGUCUAGAAACGAAAUAGUGAAGAAGACAUGAAAGAAAUGAUAAAUGAACUGAAAAAUGUUCUUGUAAAUAAAUUACAUAUAUCAAUUAGUCGGAUUAAUAAAAAAAAUUGGAAGAACCUAUUAUUCAAAAUGAAAUUGAUUCUGAAGAUUCUAGAAUAUAUUCUGAAGAAUCAAGUGAAGAUCUAAGAGAUGAUGCUGAUACCUUACCACCAUAAACAUAAGUUAAUACAUGGAUGUAAAGUAAUAAUUCAGAGGCAGUUAAUAUAUCAAAAUCAUAACCAGAACCAAGGAGGAAAAUUAAUAGUAAUUAAAGAAACCUAAAAGAUAAAUUGGUUGAUGAAUUGGGACUUCAUUUUGAAUAAUUAUUUAGAUUAACUAAAUUAUGUUCACAUUAAGAGGAUUUAGGAAAAUAACAUAUAAAAAUGGCUAUUAUGGAUAAUCUUAGAAUUGAUGAAAAUAGGGCAGAAAUUUGUGCAACUCUCUUGGUUACAUUAGCCACAAUUGGUUACUGA